AUGUCACCACCGUCGAGCCUGUGGACGGAGGCGUUCGGCUUGCACCCGAGCAGCUUGCAGUGGCUUUGCUACCUGCAAGAUGAUGAUCCGAAACGUCCCCGCACGCUGCACAGAACAGGAAUUGCGGGAUUUUCUCGACAGCCUUACGUCGGACCGCUAUUCGCUUCAGAUGCCAAAGACCCAGUCGAAGAGCAAGGGGUAUGCAUUCGUGGAGAUGCGGAAUCCUGUCGCCCUCUGUGCUUUGGCCGGAUCUUUGUGGCAACAGUGCAUUCCCACGAGGCAGAGCACACGCGCCCUCAAAAUCCACCCAGCCGAACCUAUGAAAGAGUUCAGCAUCCAAGAGCCCCUGUACUUCGAGCUCUAA